GGCCGCACGGCUCGGCCCGGCCCGCGGCGGCGGGGGCCGCUGACAGGGCGGAGCGGCGGCGGACAGCGGCGGCGUGCCCCGUCGAGGCGCCCGGGAAGGCAUCGAGAAUGAAAUUGCUGUGGAAAGCUAAAAUGAUCACCAUUCAGGAUGGGGGUGAGGAGGUAGAAGAGGGAGCUGUUUACCAUGUCACCCUGAAAAGAGUGGAGUUUCAGCAGGCUGCCAACAAAGGAGCGAGAUGGCUGGAGGUUGAAGAAGACCAGUUACCUCCAGAACAUACUGUCAGCCAGUAUGAGACAUGCAAGAUCAGGACAAUAAAAUCUGGAACUCUGGAGAAACUGGUGGAGAACCUUGUGACAGCUUUUGGAGAUAAUGAUUUUACCUAUGUUAGCAUCUUUCUGUCAACUUACCAAGCCUUUGCUUCUGCUAAGGAAGUACUGGAUCUUCUCCUUGACCGGUAUGGAAACUUCGAGAUUUCAAGCUGUGAAGAAGAUGGAAACAAGAUUUACUCCGAACCCAGCACGGAACUCAGGACUGCUGUCACAUCCAUCUUACAAGCAUGGCUUGAUCAGUGCUCUGAGGAUUUCAGAGAGCCACCUGAGUACCCGUGUUUGCUGAAGUUGCUGGAUUACCUGAAGAAGAAUAUUGAUGGCUCUGACCUGGAGAGAAGGGCUCAGAACCUCUUGGAGCAGUUCCAAAGGAAAGAAGUGGAAAAUGACGAUGUGUUCCUUAAGAGUUCCUGCUGUAACCUAUACGAAGAGGAGGAACUGGAGAUGAGCAGUCCAGAAGAUUUCUCUCUUUUCCCAGAAGACCUGGUGGCAGAACAGUUGACAUAUAUGGAUGCCAUACUCUUCAAGAAAGUUGUGCCCCACCAGUGCUUGGGAAGUAUCUGGUCUCAAAGGCAUAAGAAAGAAAAUGUGGCACUCACCGUCAAAGCCACUGUCUCCCAGUUCAACGCAGUUACUUCGUGUGUUAUCAGCACUAUCCUGCAGAGGAAGGAACUCAAAGCACAGCAAAGAGCCAAGAUCGUUGAGAAGUGGAUUCUCGUUGCACAUGCAUGUAGGAUCCUGAAGAAUUUUUCUUCCUUGAGGGCCAUCAUUUCAGCGCUGCAGUCCAGCCCCAUCUAUCAGCUAAAGAAGACCUGGGCGUGUGUUCCAAAGGACAUAGUGCUGCUGUUUGAGGAGCUGUCUGAAGUCUUUUCAAACCGUGACAACUAUUUGACAAGCAGGGAGCUGCUAAUGAAGGAAGGAACAUCCAAAUUUGCCAAUCUGGAGAGCAGUCUGAAAGAAAAUCAGAAAAGGACACAGAGGCGACUGCAGCUUCAAAAAGAUAUGGGAGUGAUGCAAGGCACGGUACCUUAUCUUGGUACCUUCCUCACUGAUCUCAUCAUGAUUGACACAGCAUUUCAGGACUAUACAGAGGGUGGCCUGAUAAAUUUUGAGAAGAAGCGAAAGGAAUUUAAAGUAAUUGCCCAAAUCAAACUUCUACAGUCUGCAUGUAACAGUUAUUGCAUGACACCAAACCAAAAAUUCAUCCAGUGGUUCAGAAGACAGCAGCAUUUAACUGAGGCAGAGAGUUACACCCUUUCACGUGAGGUUGAAGCAGCUGCUGACACCAGUAGCACGUCACCAAAAUCUCGGAAAAGCAUGGUGAAGAGGUUCAGCAUACUGCUGCUAGGCUCUGAGGUGCUCGUCCAUAGGACACCCACAAAGCCGGAACCCAAACCUACUCCGGGUGGGAGCUCUGGUGAGAGCACAGACUCGGCCAGUGUUUCGUCAUGUGAGCUGAAUCACUCGGAACCUGAAGACAUCUGCAUCACUGCCACAGACGCUCCUGCUGAGUCUCAGCAGAAGGUACGGGCUGCUUCCCACUCCCUCUCCUCCCCUUCCCCUUCUUCCCCUUCCCCUUCCCCCUCCUCCUCUUCCUCCAAUUCCAUGGAGAGACCUUCCUUGGGGGAUCCAUCUUCCAUCCUAACCUGUUACGACGACUCUGCCAACUCCGUGACACCUGGAAGCUCACAAGUACUGUCUCCCGUUUACAACCGGCAGAACGGAGACACGUGUAUCAUUCGGAUCAGCGUAGAGCGUGACAAUGGCAAUAUGUACAAGAGCAUUGUGCUCACUAACCAAGACAAAGCUCCUGCUGUCAUCCGGAGAGCUAUGCAGAAGCACAACCUGGAAUCGGAUGCAGCUGAGGAUUAUGAACUUGUACAGGCCAUCACUGUGGACAAAGAGCUGGUGAGCCCAGGCAACGACAAUGUGUUCUGCGCCAUGAACACCUGCGUGAAUUUCAAUUUCAUCCUGCGGAAAAAAGCUUCAGCCAAGGGACAGAUGAAAAUAAGGAGCUGCUGGAGCCUGACCCUCCCCAGAAGUGCCAAGCGGGGGUGCUGGAGCAACAGGCACAGCAAAAUUACACUGUGAGGAAGGCAAGGCCACAAGAAAUAGCUGGUUGAGAACUGCACCUUUUCUACCUUCCAGUAUUACAGCAGAACACAUCCAGAACUGUGGCCACAUACGGACGGACAGACAUGUAUUUAUAGGACAAGACAGCCUGGACUAUUUUUCAUUGUUGUUUUGCACAUUAGCCUAGGAGGGUGAGAGCCCCUCCCUAGCGGGGAAAACAGGAUGGCAACAUUCGCCUUAAGAAUACAAUGCAAGCCAACUGUGUUAGAAAACAUUUUCCUUUGUGCCAGUAUUACACAGAAGAAAAACUUUAUAUUUUUAUAGAACUGGAGAAGAAAACUCUCAAUACAAUGCUGCCUGCACCACAGAGGAGGUCCCAGCCAGCCUCCAGCCAACUGACAGCACUGGUCUGAGGCUUUUGCAUUCACAUAAACACUCAGCGCUGGAGGCAGCAGAAGCCACAAGGGUGUAUAUUGCUGUCGCACAACUGGCAGACCUUUUUGCACUUGUUCCACACCAGAAAAUUACCUAUUUGGGAUUUUUUUUCCAAAGAACUUUAAGAGAAUGGACUGCACUUGCUUUUGGAUGAAUGUCAUAAGGCAAACACUACUUGCCUGGAUUUACGUCUUGUCUUAA